AUGCCUCUGAUUUCGCCUAUUGUUCGAUCCCUGCCUCAAAUCCCUCAGUUACCUAUCUUUCCUCCUCCCCCUCCUACCCCUUCUGCCGCUGUGAUUGAUCCCGCUGCCCUGGUGACCUUCGGCCCUGAUCUCUUGGCCGAUCUUCACCAGGACGGCGGUGAAAUGACAUCCGCGGAACCCCUCAGCCGCUUGCAAAUCGCCGUGACUUUUGGCUGCCUUUUGUCCAUUGAUCACGUAUCUCAUCUUCCCAAAGCGCUGUAUCCCAAGCAGAGCAUGAGAGCUGCUAAAGCCCUGAGGCUGAUCCAGAACAAUGUCAUGAGCUUUGAUCAAUUGGCAGGCACCGCUGAUGAUCGGCAGGUUCCCCAGUCGGGCUUUAUGGAAAAAGUCCAAGGUUGUAACGAGCUCGUCGAUCCUCAGGCGCUCAUGAGACUCGCGCUACUGAACGACUUACCGACUUUCACUGAUCCUGCUCAGAUUGCGGGUCUUAAGGAUCUGCGCGUUUCGGAGGCUGAGAAGAUGUUGGGAUUGGCGCGAUCGAUCCUCACGGAACACCCCACUUACAAUGUCGAGAUUUGGGCUCAUUCGCCUGAUCUUUAUUCCGAACUUCUCGUCCUCACCUCGGUUUCCCCGUCGACGCCCAAACUUCAGCUCGCUCCGCGGUUCAGCAACUACAUCGACAUGAAAUCGCGGAGUCUGGGUCUGGGCGUGGGACUGACGAACAGGUUCAGAGCCCCCAGGGUUCCGGGCGUCUUCACGCAAGGGGUUCCGAGUAUGUCUCCACGCGCUCAGCUGAAUUUCAGAAUUUUGUGCCUCGACACGAACAUUUUAUCCGACUCGUGCCGAAACGGAGCUCCCUUCUACGCCAAAGACAUCUACUCAGCAGCGAAAAGCCUCGGUUGGGCUGUGGUCGUACCAGCCCAAGUGUUGAGUGAGUUCAAGAACGGUAGACAGGAUGCUUCGGUCUUGCUGUGGGCUGAAAAGGUACAUCGAGGCGAGUUUCCUAACACCAUCGACAUGCGGAGCGCUAUUCCCCCGGUGACAACCAACGGCUCGUCCAUCAGUGUCCAAUCUCCGUCAGUACCCCCUUCUUCUGUUUUUGGCGACGGUAGAAUCAGGUGGGAGUUGGCGGAUAUGGUGGCCCGGCUGGGUCUCUCCGUGGAGGACCUGGUGGUGGUUACAGCGGAUCGAGGGAUGAACGUUACCACAAGGGCAUAUGGGAUCGGAGGUCUGUUCAUGGCCAAGGGCAAUGGAACCGCAUGGAGGGGUCACAAGUACCCGGCUAAUGUAGCUUCAUGGAUCAGCUUCUUUCACUACGCCAUCUAG